AUGACACAGCAGUGGAUGACAAUCCAGGAUGACAAUGAAAAUGCUUAUAGAGUAGCGGUGAAGACUCUGGUGGACUGGUGCAAUAAAAAACUAGAUCAAAGGUUAGAGAUUAAACCAGAAAUAGGUAUCAGUUUUGGCCGUAUUGGCCGUCUGGUCACCAGAGCAGCAACCAGCAAUGGCAAAGUCCAAGUCGUCGCCAUCAAUGACCCAUUCAUUGAUGUGAAUUACAUGGUGUACAUGUUUAAAUAUGACUCUACUCAUGGCCGCUUCCCUGGAACUGUCCAUGCUGAGAAUGGAAAACUUGUCAUCAAUGGACAUGCCAUCACUGUUUUCCAAGAGCGUGAUCCUGCAAACAUUAAGUGGGGUGAGGCUGGUGCCGAAUAUGUUGUGGAAUCAACUGGUGUUUUCACCACCACAGAGAAAGCUAGUGCUCACUUGAAGGGUGGUGCUAAACGUGUUAUAAUAUCUGCCCCAUCAGCUGAUGCUCCCAUGUUUGUGAUGGGUGUCAAUCAUGAUAAAUACGACAAAUCUUUGAAAGUUGUCAGCAAUGCUUCUUGCACUACCAACUGCCUGGCACCACUGGCCAAAGUCAUCCAUGACAACUACGGCAUUGUGGAAGGUCUUAUGACCACAGUUCAUGCCAUCACGGCCACACAGAAGACUGUGGAUGGCCCCUCUGGGAAGCUGUGGAGAGAUGGCAGAGGAGCAGCUCAGAAUAUCAUCCCAGCAUCCACAGGUGCAGCCAAGGCUGUAGGCAAAGUCAUUCCUGAUCUGAAUGGGAAACUCACAGGAAUGGCUUUCCGUGUCCCAACUCCAAAUGUUUCUGUUGUGGACUUAACAUGCCGCUUAGAGAAACCAGCGAAGUAUGAUGAUAUUAAGAAAGUUGUGAAGGCAGCUUCUGAAGGCCCAAUGAAGGGUUUUCUGGGAUACACAGAGGACCAGGUGGUCUCUUCUGACUUCAAUGGUGAUACCCACUCUUCCAUCUUUGAUGCAGCUGCUGGCAUUGCUCUCAAUGAUCAUUUUGUCAAGCUGGUCUCCUGGUAUGAUAAUGAAUAUGGAUACAGCAGUCGUGUGGUAGACCUGAUGGUUCAUAUGGCAUCUAAGGAGUAAAGACUGUAUGGUUUUCUUAUUCUUAUAACUUGGCUCUGUAUUUUGCAGUUAGAGGCACUUUGUUCCAUCUGCCUCUGAGGAAGUAGAGAGGCUGGAAGAAACGUGAAUGUUUCAGUAACAUCUCCCCUCUUAAUAAAGUCAUCACUGUCUCAAACAA